GAUUUCAGAUCGGAAGUCUUCGGCGGUUUCUUAGGGUGAUGCCCGGGCGCACCGGUCCCACCCUCGACAUGGACCCGUUCCUGGUGCUGCUGCACUCGGUGUCCCGCCACCUGUCUACCGGCGAGCUGGCGGACCUCAAGUUCCUGUGCCGCGGGCGCGUGGCCAAGCGGAAACUGGAGUGCGUGCAGAGCGGCCUGGACCUGUUCUCGGUGCUGCUGGAGCAGGGCGACCUGGAACGCGAGCGCCCCGGACUGCUGCGCGAGCUGCUGGCCUCGCUGCGCCGCCACGACCUACUGCAGCUGCUGGACGACUACGAGGCCGGGGCGGCGGUCGGGGCCGCGCCGGGGGAGGCAGACCUACGUGUGGCCUUUGACAUCGUGUGUGACAGUGUGGGGAGAGACUGGAAAAAACUAGCCCGCCAGCUGAAACUGUCGGAGGCCAAGAUGGAUGGGAUCGAGGAGCGGUAUCCCCGAAGCCUGAGCGAGCGGGUGAGGGAGGCACUGAGAGUCUGGAAGAACGUAGAGCAGGAGAAGGCCACGGUGGCCCGGCUGAUGGAAGCACUGCGCACCUGUCAGCUGAACCUUGUGGCCGACCUGGUAGAGGAGGCACAGCAGGCUCAGGGGUCUGUGAGUGGGCAUGGGGAAGUGUCCACAAUGCUGUGGGAGUCAGCUGUGACCUCAGAAGCGCCUUGACACGCCCACUGCUCCCUGAAGGAGCCUUAUCUGCUUGUUUUUUCUCCGUGAUCGGUGGGCCUUCCAUGCCCAGAACCGUGAAGACAUGUCAACAGAGGCAGACUGGUACCCCUCACACAGCAUCUGAGCCAUUCCAGAUCCUUCCUGGUGCUUCACAGGGAGAGACUAGCUCUCAGAGUAGGGGAGCCACAGGAUCCCCCCCAGUCAGCCCGCCUGCCUUGUCCUGGAGUCCACACGUCCAAACAGUUCCUCGCCCUAGGAAGUGGUGCCUGGGAAUUCUUGGCACACCAGCUCCUUCGAGGAGUGUGACUCUAAAGUUCACUGUUCUAUAUCAAAACCAUCAUCUACCUGAUAAACUGGGAUUUAAAGGGCAGACCACCUGCUUCCAAAGUGGUCUUUAAGCCUCAGGCUGAGUAGUGGCUCACCUAUGAUCCCAGCACUUGGGAGUCAGGAGGAUGAGACCCAGCCUCAAAAAAAAAAAAGCAAGCAAGUGCCUUUACCCUGGAGACCCCGAGUCACAAAGAAUGUGUAUUGUGUUAAGAACCCAAGUACUCGGGAGCCCCUGCAGCCCAGGGUCUUUGCAGCCCUGGUUGUCCAUGUUGGUAGAGUGCUGCAGGGUCUGUUGACUGCCUUCCCACCAGCAGGGGGCACUGCCCGCCACCAGCAGGACCUUGAGAACCUUGUGGGUGCUACGCUGAACCACCUUGGCUUGCUGAGGUCUUAGCUCAAGCCACGUAGGGCAUUGCACAUUGAACUAGUGACCCAGCCGACCUGCGCUCCCUCCCAUCACCCAGGGAGGAGGUAGACCAGCCCCUGGCAGCCUUGCCAGAGAGCAUGGUGGUGGGAGUUUGCACAAGACACCAUCCCUAGAAGGUAGCCCCCAGGGUCAGGCAGAGAGGACUGGCCAGCCAGCCCCUCAGCCCAUUCACUGAGCACACACAUGGGUCCACUCUGCAGGUAGGCCAUAGCCUACACACAGGGCGCUCAGGCCCAAA